ACCAUUUUCGAAAUAACGCCACCUGGCGGCCACGGGGAGCUGCGUCCGCCAUGUUGCGGGACACGGCGUAUGUGAUGUAUAUCGUUCAUAUAUUGAGCGAUUGGGCGUGAGUGCGGAUGUGACUUGGCGCUGUCGAGAUGUCCACCGUAUCCUUUCCAGUCACUGGAUGGAUACGUGACCUUUCAAAGUUGCCAAAACUGCCAGAUGACAGCAUAGAGUCUUUCAGUUCCUCACAACGAAAUGUGAGGAGAAGCUACAACUUCUGCGUAGAGCAGUACGUGGUGACUUCGUCCAUUCAUGCAAACUACACGAGGCAAGGCGAGUACUACGUGAAAGCACUGUGCUACAAAAGUAAGAAGAAAACCCAAGAUCCCUACCUAACAGUGCUUUGCUUCGACCAGAAUGCAGUUGUUCGAGAUGGUGCCUGUGAUUGCCCCGCGGGCAAACGAGCAUGCAACCACCAAAUAGGUGUACUGCGCACCGUUGGUCUGCUGCAGCAGAACGGGUUCAGCGAGGCUCCUCCACAACUGUCGUGUACUGACCUCCCACAACAGUGGGGAGUACCUCGUGGAAGAAAGGUGCCAGCGACAUCAGUUCAAAACGUCAAUUGGAGAAGAGUGCAAGAAGGUGGACGGGAUGACUCCAUAAAGAUGAGACUUUACGAGUCGCUCUGUGUUACUCCUGCUGCUGCUAGAGAGGUCGAGAAGAAUACCAGACAGCAGCGAAACAGCAAAACGUGGCUCAAGGAAAGGUCUGCACGUUUGACGGCAUCAAACUUUGGAGCAGUCUUCAAACGUGCUACAUGGAGCAGGAAGGGGCUCGAUAACAUGCUUGCACAGAAGGACAUAUCAAGAGUGAGGGCUGUGAAGUACGGGGUUGAAAACGAGGACACUGCUCGUGAUCGUUACAAGGCCGUGCUCCAUUCGCUAGAUAGAAACAUCACGGUGAGCCCUUGUGGCCUGCUUGUUCCACCCUCACAGCCGUGGCUUGGCGCGACUCCAGAUGGCAUCGUGUUUGACCCCAAGGAAGAGACACCUCAUGGAAUUUUGGAAAUUAAGUGUCCAUACUCCCUGCGAAGUGCAAGCCUGCACGACCUGUCGGAAGAAGCAUUUUUUUCUGUUGUAUCAGAUCAUGAGAAUGAAGAAAAUGUAAUGAAGAGGCCAAUGCUACACAGGGAUCAUGAUUACUAUUACCAGAUUCUUGGCCAGAUGGCAGUUUCGGGACUAAGGUGGGGUGACUUUGUUGUGUACUCCAAGGAUUUCAUACUUGUUGAGCGAAUACCUUUCUCAGAAUGUGACUGGGCCCGUGUUGAGCCUAAGCUUACACGAUUCUAUUUUGACACCCUGUUACCUGUGAUUUCGGGAGACUAAGCAUGUGAUGUACAAAGCAAUAAAUGUUGACUUGAAAUG